CAACGCUAGCACUUCGCAUGCAUCGCACAUUUACAGUACAUCGGAUUGUCUUCGCAUGCUCACUCCGGUGGGCCCUGUAAAUAGCUAUAAAGAGGAAGUCUAUUCUGUAUUCGUGUUUUGUGAGAAUCCUGUUCGUGGAAAUUCUACUGGGUCUUUUCAACCAUGUUCACGGAUUUAUAAUUCUUUAUAAAAUGAGCUGAUCGAAGCGAAGUGUUUCAUUUGGGAUGCACUCUCUGUAGAAGCUCGUUAUCUUGGAAUACGUCUUCUUUCCAUACCGUGCAUGUGAGAGCAAUUCUUCGACACACAUUUUCAGCGUGUGUGCUGUGUGUGUUUACAUACCGUAUCGAAGAAGCGGGAUAGGCAUUCGCUCUCUCUGUUCGUCUCUCUCCAGGGAUAUUGGCCUGCUAAUCUAAUUCCUGGAAUCCUUCUGCAAGCUGACAUCUUACCUUUUUUCUUCGCUUGCAGAGUGCACUAAAGUCCAGAGUACGAUUCAGCGUUCUUGGUGAACGCUGGCGCAGGCGCUGCUGGAACAAAUACCAUAGUACUACUAUAUCUUGACUAUUCUUUAGGAUUUACUAAAGACAUCAUCACUCAGUAUUACGUAUCUCCAUCGUCCAUUCCUGAGGACGAACAACGUUUAUAUUGCUCUUCUUCUUCGACUUGACACCAUUGCAGUAUUUCAUGGAAUGAUCGAUUGAAGCAACCUGUAUUGGUUUAGCUACGAUUUGGUGAUAUUGUGUUUGCAUCAGACCUGUUAUUUCUUCGUAUGCAAGCGUGGUAGCCACAUGCCGCCACACACCAUGAACCAUCGUGAAAACUGUCGGACUGCUCGACGGGGCACGCCGGCUACAUCAGCGGACCAGUUCCAGCUACCACCGGCUAGGCCGCGUACUACCCAACAAGAUCUGGAAAGACUGAUCAACACGUUAAACGUUCUCCAGAUUUCGGGCUGGUAUCAUGGAGCCAUGACAUUUCGUGAGGCCAAGCAAAAGUUGAAAGGCUGCUCAAAUGGGACAUUUUUAGUCCGGGACAGUUCUGACGACCGUUACCUCUACGCGCUCAGCGUCAAGACACCGCGAGGGACAACAAGUGUCAGGAUUGAAUACGAAGAUGGAUUAUUUAUGCUCGACACUGAGGAAUGUCUCCGUAGAUCCGUGCCAAGCUUUGAUUGUGUCAUAAAACUUUUACAGUACUACAUUAGGAUGAGCAGGGAGAAAAAUUGUGUUGACGCCAAUGGGAACAGCUCGACCAUCAAACCGAAAACUAGGUCUGGACAUUUGGUAUGGCUUGAACGAUCAGGCCGUAAGGACACCGAAGCUCAAAUCAUAAAACCACUCACCUCCAACGUGCCCAGUCUACAACAUUUAUGUCGCUGUACAAUAAACAGGACUGUGGAACCAAGAUUUAUAAACGAUUUAAGCAUACCACGUACCUUAAAGAAAUACGUCCAGGAAUACCCAUACAGUCUAUGAUAUAUGCUUUUAUAUUAUAGCCUAAAUUUCAUUUAAUGUGGGCUAAAAGGGGGGCUAAACAUGUUGUCUCGUAUGAUAAGACAGUGUAAUCUUAUUUUAGCGGACAUCAAACACCCCAAAAAAAGGUUUGACAUGUUAGAUGACGGUACUAGAGAAACGCUAUAUAAAAGCAACAUGUGUAAUUUUCAUGAACUUCAUUCCAACUCUAAAGCUCCACUUGUUAACUAACUACAUUUACAGUGACGACUGAAAUAAGACACUCAUCAUCCUGGGUUGAAAGAAAGCUGCUACUGCAUUGGGGGUGAAGAACUUGACUGGAGGAAAAUCUAACUUACGGCCUACAGUAUGCCUAAUGCACAGCUCGUCCAAAUUAACUUAAAUUUCAUUUCUUUUUUCAAGAGACAAAUUGAAUACAUGCUUCAAAGAUGAACUGAUUUGUGAACGUCAUGGUAGCAAUUAUCAGACGUCUACCUCAUACUUUGUGAAGAAUCAUUACUUGUGGGACUUU